CGGUUAUUUGCAGCAAUUAUUGCAUUAUUACAUCAUUGUAUUAUGUCUUAUAAAAGUAUAGUUAUCCAAUCUGUUCGUUACGUAUCAGAUAAGGCAAGUAGAUUUGUACCAAAGAGUGGAGUUUAUCCUAAAGGAUUUUUAGUGGGAGGUAUUCAUUCUGGAGUUAAGAAAGAUGGUAAAUCAUUAGAUUUAGCACUUUUAAAAAAUGAUUUUGGUAAGGAAGCUUCUGCAGCUGCUGUAUUUACAACUAAUAAGUUUAAAGCAGCUCCAGUUCAAGUUUCAAGUAAAAUAAUUAAAGAAAAGAAAGGUCAUGGUAUAAAUUCAUUAAUUAUUAAUAGUGGGAAUGCUAAUGCAGUUACUGGAUCUCAAGGUAUAAAAGAUGCUCAAGAUAUGGUGGUUGUAACUGAUUCAAUAUUAGAAAAUCCAUCUGAUUCAACUUUAGUCAUGUCUACUGGUGUUAUUGGAAAUAAUUUACCUAUUGAUAAUAUAUUAUCUAAUAUUCCAAAAUUGGCAUUAAAUAAUUUAGGUAAUUCUCAUGAUCAUUGGAUUGCAUGUGCUACUGCUAUUUGUACAACAGAUACUUUCCCUAAAUUAGUUACUAAACAAUUUGAAUUAAAUGGUAAUACUUAUACUUUAGCUGGAUUAUGUAAAGGUGCAGGUAUGAUUUGUCCUAAUAUGGCUACAUUAUUAGGAUUUUUUGUAACCGAUGCACCAGUUAGUCCAAGUGCUCUUAAACAAAUCUUAAAAUAUGCUGUUGAUAGAUCAUUUAAUAGUAUUUCUGUUGAUGGAGAUAUGUCAACCAAUGAUACUAUUGUAGCCAUUGCUAAUGGUGCUGCUGGUGGUGAAUUGAUUGAAAAUACAUCUAGUUCUGCCAAUAGUUUUGCAUCUUUACAACAUGAAAUCACCGAUUUUGCUCAACAAUUAGCUCAAUUAGUAGUUAGAGAUGGAGAAGGUGCCACUAAAUUCAUUGAAAUUAAAGUUAAAGAUGCAUUAUCAUAUAAAGAUGCUAAACUUGUAGCUUCAAGUAUUGCAAAUUCUUCAUUAUUUAAAACUGCUAUGUAUGGGAAAGAUGCUAAUUGGGGACGUAUUUUAUGUGCAAUUGGUUAUGCUAAUGUAACAAGUACUGAAUCCAUUGUACCAUCUAGAACUAGUGUUUCAUUUAUUCCAGUUGAUGGAUCAGAACCAUUAAAAUUAUUAAUUGAUGGAGAACCAGAACUCGUUGAUGAAGAAAGAGCUUCACAAAUAUUAGAAUCUGAAGAUUUAGUUAUUGAAGUAGAUUUAGGAACUGGUGGAGGUCAAGAUGCUAAAUUCUGGACAUGUGACUUAUCUCAUGAAUAUGUUACUAUUAAUGGUGACUAUAGAUCUUAGAUAGAUACGCAAAA